AUGGCGGAAGCCGGCUCUCAGACGCCGAUGGAGGACGCGAUGAGGCGGAAGAUUAUAGAAGCACUAGCACCAGCCUCCCUCGAAGUCUUCAACGAUUCAGACGCUCAUGCGCAUCACAAGGCGAUGCGAGGGAGUACUUCAAGGGAGACGCAUUUUAGGGUCUUCAUAACAUCCGAUGCCUUCAAAUCGAAGAUGCAGCCCGCGCGCCACCGAAUGGUGUACGCUUUACUCAAGGACGAGAUGGCGACGGAGGGGGGGAUUCAUGCUUUGCAACUACGGACGCGGACGGUUGAGGAGGACGAGAGGGCGAAGGCGAAGGAGGCUGCGUAG